AUGCGUCGUCGCGGGAUUAUACACUCGCUGAUUUGGUGUCUGCUGUCAUUUCCGGCGUUCUUUGCCGAGAGGCUGUCCCCGGAUCAGAAGGCACCGCAGUUUGCGCGCGGCUCUGGUGGCCUGAUUCUAAAACCGCCCUUCGAGGGCGCGCGAGCGAUCGCGGAUCCUGCACCGCCGGCCACGAAUGCCGUCCGCGAAGAUGACGUCCAGAGAGAGGAAGUCGCCACCCUGAAGCUCGUGGAUGGCGAACUUGUCCGAGUGGUCGAAGGAUCCUAUUCUUACAAGAGUCCCGAAGGAAUUCCCGUUUCCGUUCAGUGA